AUGGUACUUUUCAGAGAUACAAAGCGAGAGUCAUGGGACAUCAGACAACUCGACAUUAAUAAUGCUUUCCUAAAUGGUAAGCUAGAGGAAGAUGUGUUCAUGGAACAACCUCAAGGUUUUGUAGAUGCUUCUAAACCUGAUUAUAAAUUCAAGAAUUCCAAGGUUGAUUCCUCUUUAUUCUUCUACAAAGCUCCUGGUUUGAUGGUUAUGGUGCUCAUAUAUGUUGAUGAUAUUAUUGUAACAAGCAAUAAUACUCACAAGCUGAAUCAAUUUGUUGAGAAACUUCAUGCCAUGUUUGCGUUAAAGGACUUAGGUCCCCUGCAUUACUUCCUUGGUAUUGAAGUACACAGAGAUGAAACUGGGCUUUAUUUAAACCAAGGAAAGUAUGUCAAAGAACUCCUGCACAGAACUGGAAUGAUGCAUCUAAAACCGUGCUCCACACCAAUGACAGUUGGAAGACCAUUGUCAAAGUCAGAUGGAGAUCCCCUUCAGAAUCCAACUGACUAUAGAAGUAUCAUUGGGGGUCUUCAGUACCUCACUCAUACCAAACAUGAUCUCUCUUUUGCAGUAAAUAAGUUGAGUCAAUUUCUUCAAGCCCCCACUACAGCUCACUGGAGUGCUACAAAGAGAGUACUUAGGUACUUAAAAGGCACAGUGUAUCAUGGAUUACAUAUCAAAAACUCAGACAGGCUCGCUAUUACAGGAUAUUCGGAUGCCGAUUGGGCAUGUUUCCCGGAUGAUCGAAGAAGUGUAGCUGGGUAUUGUGUGUUUUUCACAGAUACUCUUGUUUCCUGGUCAUCCAAGAAACAAGCCGUGGUGUCAAGGUCCAGCACUAGCUCAAGUUUCAGCAGAAAUCUCGUGGAUCCAGUCCCUUCUCAAAGAAUUUGA